GGAAGCGCUCUCUGUGCUUAAGGCUCUGUUACGUGCGCAAAAUAGUAAAUAACGACCGUGCGUGUGUAUUGAACAAACAAAAAAGAAAUCACAUUUCCCCCCGUGGCGGCUACGUGGAGACUUGUGUCAGAUCGCGGUUUUGUUGCUGACCACCUCCUCAGCAGCUUGUCUCGUGGACUUUGACGGGGACGACGUGCAAGGACAAACCGCCACUCCGGGAAGCAGUAACUCUGCGCCGCAGCGGACCGGGGAAACAACCCGCAGAUCAACAUUUUUUUCUCUCUCUCUCUCUCCCUCUCCCUUUUUUUUCUUUUCAAUUUGAAAUCACUCACUUUGGAUGUACCUUCUCGACACACCUGGAUCUUUUCUUUUCCCUCCGCUGUGAACAGUUUCCCUGCUGAAGAUCACCGUGACUCACUGCGGGCUGAAGGCGAGCCGCUGCAUCCUAAUCAGACAGCGGAGAGGACUUCAGCUCAUUGACAUUACAGUCAUACUUUUCUGGAGCACUUUUUUUCUUUUUUCUUUUUCUCUUUUUUUUUUUUUAUUUCCACUGCGCUGCACUGUAGCCUGCUUGUGCAUCGGAGGCUUCUUCUCCCCCUCCAGCUCAGAGAGGGGAAAGGAGGGAUGCGGAGGCAACCCACCGAAAAUGUUAGGGGAUGAAACUCUACCUGAGCCCGACUGGAGCUGACUCUUUUCAUUCCGUCCUUCUGGUUUUUUUGGAGUAUUAGCGCAAAUUCUUUUUGGUGGUAAGAGCGAACACUCACAAUGACUAUUCUGUUUGGAGACUGGAUUGCGAUUAUUGCUCAGAUGAGUCUGGGUGCUCAGCUGAAUAUAAAUUAGGUAUUCAGCACCACAGAUUGCUCGCAGAGGAGGAGAGCGACAGAGCAAAGACAAUCUAUAAAGACAAAUGUCAAGGCCUCACACGAUGAACAGAACUCUUCAUUUGAUCCCGAAUAACAGAAAUACCAAAUUUGGACAAAAUAUCAACAGGUCGAAGGAGGCGUAAGCACGACACACACUGCAGCAGCUUUUACUGAGUGGAGAUGUAUCUUUCUAUUUUCUUUUUUCUCCUUUUGUGGGCUCAAGCCCUGACAUUGAAAAACUUGAAUUACUCUGUCCCGGAGGAACAGGGACCAGGGACAGUGAUUGGGAACAUUGCCAAAGAUGCCAGACUUGGACUCGAACAGAGUGGGCAGGGAGGACAGGGUAAGAAAGCCAACUUCAGAGUACUGGAGAACUCAGCCCCGCAUCUGAUCGACGUGGACCCCCAAAGUGGACUGCUGUACACAAAGCAGCGCAUCGACAGGGAAACCUUGUGUAAGCGAAACCCCAAGUGCCAGCUCUCCAUGGAGGUGUUUGCCAAUGACAAAGAAAUCUGUAUGGUCAAAAUAGAUAUUCAGGACAUUAACGACAACUCACCUACUUUUCCCUCAGACCAGAUUGAUAUUGACAUUUCAGAAAAUGCAGUGCCAGGAACACGUUUUCCCCUGACCAGUGCUCAUGAUGCAGAUGCAGGAGACAACGGCUUGAAGACCUAUCAAAUAACACGCGAUGACUACAAUCUCUUUUCCUUGGAGGUGAAAUCCCGCGGUGACGGGACUAAAUUCCCAGAAUUAGUUAUUGAACGUCCACUGGACCGAGAGGAGCGAAGCCGUCACACUCUUAUUUUGUCAGCCACUGAUGGGGGUGAAUAUCCUCGGUCAGGUACCAUGCAGAUUAAUGUAAAAGUUAUUGAUUCCAAUGAUAACAGCCCUGUGUUUGAUCAGCCCUCUUAUGUGGUGGAAAUUCCUGAAAACUCACCUCCUGGUAAAGUGCUGAUCGAUUUAAACGCCACAGAUCCCGAUGAGGGCAACAACGGACAGGUAGUCUAUUCUUUCAGUGGGUAUGCCCCAGAGAGAAUCCGCGAGCUCUUCUCCAUAGAUUCCAGAACAGGGGUCAUAAAGAUUCAGGGUGAAAUUGACUAUGAAGAGAGUCCAGUUAUUGAGAUUGACGUCCAGGCAAAAGAUCUAGGUCCCAAUCCAAUCCCAGGCCAUUGUAAAGUCACAGUGAAAGUGCUUGACAGGAAUGAUAACUGGCCAUCUAUAGGCUUUGUGUCUGUGAGACAGGGCGCCAUCAGUGAGGCAGCACCUCCAGGCACUGUCAUUGCUCUGGUCCGUGUCACAGACAAGGACUCAGGCAGAAAUGGGCAGCUUCAGUGCAGAGUGCUCGGUAAUGUCCCUUUUAAACUUGAGGAGAACUAUGAUAACUUCUACACCGUGGUGACAGACAGACCUUUGGACAGGGAGGUGCAGGAUGAGUACAAUGUCACCAUUGUGGCCAAAGACAACGGCAUUCCUCCUCUAAAUUCCACGAAAUCCUUCACUGUAAAGAUUUUGGAUGAGAAUGACAAUAUUCCCCGCUUCACAAAAUCAGUCUACCUUCUUCAGAUUGCUGAGAACAACAUCCCUGGAGAGUACCUGGGUUCAGUUCUGGCACAUGACCCAGACCUUGGUCAGAAUGGCACAGUGUACUACAGCAUAAUCAACUCUAAUGUGAGCGGUGGCGAUGUCAACACAUACGUGAACGUAAAUGCUGCCAACGGAGCUAUUUAUGCUGUAAGAUCUUUUAACUAUGAGCAAAUCAAGUACUUUGACUUUAAAGUUCUUGCUAAAGAUGCAGGAUCACCACACUUAGAGAGCAAUUCCACUGUGCGCAUCAGUGUUUUGGAUGUCAAUGACAACAUCCCUGUCAUUGUUUUGCCGCUUCUCCAAAACGACACGGCCGAGAUUCACGUUCCACGAAACGUUGGCGUCGGUUAUAUUGUUACCACAGUGAGAGCAGUGGAUAAUGACUACGGUGAGAGUGGAAGGCUCACAUAUGAAAUAUCGGACGGCAAUGAGGAGCACCUCUUUGAGAUUGAUCCAGUGACGGGAGAGGUGCGAACAGCCCACCCAUUCUGGGACGAUGUGAACCCCAUCGUGGAGCUCAUAAUUCGAGUGUCGGACCAUGGCAAACCAACUCUCACUGCUGCUGCCCGACUCAUCAUCAAGGCAUCCAACGGACGCCCUCCUGAUGGACUGCCGCACAUGAAGGACAAUCAAAACUGGGACAUGUCUCUGCCACUUAUUGUAACUCUAAGCAUCAUAUCCAUCAUGCUUCUGGCUGCCAUGGUGACCAUAGCCAUAAAGUGCAAGCGGGAAAACAAGGAGAUUCGUACUUAUAAUUGUCGAAUAGCAGAGUACUCGCACCCUCAGCUGGGGAAAGGCAAGAAGAAGAAGAUUAACAAGAACGACAUCAUGCUGGUGCAGAGCGAGGUGGAGGAGCGGGAUGCCAUGAAUGUGAUGAAUGUGGUAAGCAGCCCUUCCUUGGCCACCUCUCCCAUGUACUUUGACUACCAGACACGCCUGCCACUCAGCUCACCAAGAUCAGAGGUCAUGUACCUCAAGCCCACUGCCAAUAACCUCAGCGUGCCCCAAGGCCACGUGGGAUGCCACACCAGCUUCACAGGCCCAGUCACCAGCACUACAGACACACCUACUAACCGCAUGUCCAUCAUACAGACGGACAAUUUCCCCACUGAGCCUAAUUAUAUGGGUAGCAGACAACAGUUUGUUCAAAGUAGUUCGACGUUCAAAGACCCGGAGCGAGCGAGCCUCAGAGACAGCGGUCAUGGCGACAGCGACCAGGCUGACAGCGACCAGGACACCAACAAAGGCUCCUGCUGUGACAUGUCCGCAAAAGAAGCCCUCAAGUUGAAGGCAGCAGGCGUCAAACCGCCGCCGUUGGAACAAGAUGAGGACUGUGUGAAUUGUACGGAGGAAUGCAGAGUACUGGGUCAUUCUGACCGCUGCUGGAUGCCCCAGUUCCCUGCAGGAGGAAACCAGGCAGAGGGCGUCGACUACCGCAACAAUAUGUUCGUGCCGGCGGGGAUGGAGGCUGUGCCUGAGACAGAAACCUAUGAGACUGUCAACCCUAAUGGCAAGAAAACGUUCUGUACUUUCGGGAAAGAGAGGCGUGAUCACACCAUCCUGGUCGCCAACGUUAAACCCUAUUUGAAGGCAAAACGCGCCCUCAGUCCGCUGCUCCAAGAAGUACCUUCAGCCUCUAACAGUCCCACCAAGGGCUGCUCCACCAUGUCCCCCUGCUCCUCCGUCAAAAGCCCCGCCGACGGGGCCGAAGGUAAACCCCCGCCCGCCACGUGCUCCGGCCACUACGGGCCGCCCGACGGUCAGUACCUGUCACCAACCAAACAAAGCAGAGAGGGCGUCUACCCAUCCCUGCCCCCCUCAGAUCCAGUGGCCAAGGUGCUGGCGGAGGCUCGCUCCAGGAUCAGCCAGGAGGCGGCGGGUGAAAUGGAGUGUGUCCUGGAGCAGGUGGAGCAAGACGCAAGCCGUGACGGAAUGGACGCUGACCAGGUGGUGAGAGACAUCGACAAACUAUUGCAGGACUGCAGAGGAAGUGAGGCCACCGGCACACUCAGGAAGUGACACAAAGUACUGCAACAAAAAGAGGAAUGGAGAAAGAGAGAGGAGUAGGAUGCUAUUCCACAGACUCUCAUGCCAAAACAGUCACCAAAACACAAUGAAAAGGGUUAAAUGGCUCUUAUGAUAGGAGCUCUUUUCACUGUAUUUGUUGUAGAAAUGUAUCAACACUGGGCAGACAGACAUUUACUAUGUGAGUCUUUCGGCACCAGUUUUGGUGCCAAGAUGCCGACCAAGAAAAAAAGAGAACUCGAUUUCAAAGUCUGAAUUCUGCUGAAUUUAUAAACUUUUUUUUGUUUUGUUUUGUUUUGGAUUCUUAAGCAAAUUGCAGAGGUUUAUGCCUCUGGCUUCUCGCAAGCUAUUAUCUAAGUGCCCACCAGCUCAUAAGUGUGUCGUUCAUGGUCUCUUGUGAAAUCCUACAUAUCUAAGUGUGUGUAGGUGGUUCUGUUACAUGUGAUGGACAUCAACGCUGAAUGAAAAGGACUAUUAACGGUCAGACAUGACAAUCGAUGCGGAAACUUCUUUUCGGGACAAUGAAAGGCCGAAAUACACAAAAGAACCUUAUCUUUUUUUGAAUUUAAUAUAGGUGUUCAACGUGUGAUGGAUCCUGUACAUGAAAAUGAAGAGAUUGUGUAAUCAGGGGGCGUGUUCGCGGAGGUGUGUUACGGACUUGGGUCGAGAGCGGGCCGAACGCUCUGCUGAAGGAGAAUUAUUAACAGUGUAACCAUGUUUCACCUGUCAUUUGUAGCUACAUGUGUAAGCUGUGUCUGUCUCACACCUCUAUUUAAAUGUCCAUGUUGCUGACCGGUGCAGUUGCACGCACCAAAAUUUACACACGUGUAACCACAAAUGAUGCUGACACACUUUCACACGCACUGAUUGCACACACGCACACACACACACACACACACACACACACAUAGACACACACAUAAACACACAUAUAAACAAGAAUGCUUAAACACAACUCCAUCUGUGGAAUUGUCUUAUUCAUUUACAUCAUCAGCUUUCAGUCCCUUGUGUACAGUGAAUUAUCAUGUGUGUGACUCUGCCUUAAGGCAAUCACAAGUUGUAUAAAAAGGGACAUUUUUUCCUCAACUGUGAAAAGAUAUCUAUAUGAAUAUAUAGAUGACUGUAUGUAUGAAUCCAUGUAUAGUGUCCAAAUAUUAACAAAAUAUUUAUACAUUUUAUAAGAAAAAAAAAAGAAAGAAAAGAAAAGAAAUGAGGAAUCUCUUCAAAAAGUGUCCUGGAGUUACGGCCAAGAACGGGGUAUUUACUCGACGAACUGCAAAAGGACACUGCCACUGUUUGGAAGACAACAAAUAUGAAUUCCAAAAAAUAUGAAUAAACAAGAAAAUGUCCCUUCACAUUAUCACUAUACAUAAUAUCAUUAUAUGUGUAAAUGUAUCCAAUUUAGAUGUGUUUACAUCAAAAAAUUGACAUAUUUUUUAUUGAUUUUACUGCAAUUUCUGUGCAUUUGAGCCAAAUUGUUAUGUGUACAAAAGCUAUAUUGUGUAUUUUAUUAAAUUAAUAUAUAGUUGUGUUGCAAUAUACAUGGGCUUAUAUUGUAUUUGGCAAAAGUUGCCUUAGUAGCUGUCGAACUCUGUGAGUUUGCUUUAGUUUGGGUUUUUUUGUUGGUGCUUCUUUUUUUUCAUCUCUAUUCUGCAUCUUUGCAGGCUGGCUUCAGUGCUUUUGAGAUGUCGCCUCUUUUUACCCUGAGAUCCAGCUGGAUCACAUACAAUAACUGUCGAAAGCUUAAUGAGCCAGCUGAUCGAGAAUACAAAAGUAAACCAACAACAAAAAGCAACAACCAGAAUACAGUUUGGAUAUUUUUACUGAGCAGUUUUUUACAGGGCAGCUAUUUUCUUUAACAAUAACUAGUAUGCGUAUUUUGUCUUCAUUAUGUUUUUAAGUUUCUUUCCAAAAAAAAAAAAAAUAAUAAGAGAGACCUGCCAUAUGGGAAAGUGGAGUGGUUUCCUUGGUGAUCAUAAAACUGCCUUACUGUCUCUGCAGAGAGCUUGUUGUAUCUGUGGAGCUUGUGACUGCUUAUAAAAGCCCUGGUCCACCAGAAUGUGCAUUUUCUAUAAAGGGCCGAGAAAGGUUCUUUUUUCAGCAGUCUUUGUCCUUUAUGUAUGUACUCCUUCUUCAAUACAUGUUAGACUUCUCAUCCUUUGCAGAGAAACUUGACAUCUGAAAAUCUAUCUGAAGUUGCUUUGAAUUUGAUGUCUUUAGCUGUUUAGGUACGUGGUUUAUACAACCAGGUUUCUUCACAUUCAGGCUUUCUUAAAGAAAAAAAAAUAAAAAGAAUACAGACAUUUAUUUUUGAAAAUUUUGGCACAUUUCGGCCACUCUGGAAUAUUAGUGGGAGGUGCUUUUUCUAAUAUCCUCUGACAGUAAAAUACGCAGAGCAGUAGGCUACUAGACUAGAAGUGUUUUAGAAAAUGUGACCACAAUCACCAAAUGUAUGUAUGAUGCAGCCAUGGGAGGGAACAGUGACUUGCAUCCAGCUCGGCCCCUGGCGUGACGACUCCGGAGCUCGAUCUGAGCUGAAGUGGACUCUCAACAGCAGAUAAAACACAUCCUGUCUUGUGCACAUUUCACAUGUGUUUGAGUGUUUUUGAUCCUCUUUUUUUUUUUUUUUAUUUUUAUUCUUAAUUCUUCUCCAUUUGGACAUUACCCAGACAUUCUGGAUUUUUUGCCCAUUUUUUAUUUUUUAAUUCUAAUAUAUCUAUUGCUUACUUUUCUCCUCUGAGGAGCAAACUGUUGCCUUUUCUCCUCUCUGUCUCUCUUUCUCUCUCUCCUCUGUUUGGUAUUUGGUUUCAGCUUACCCUUGUUCUUUUCCUGGGAGAUGGCUGCGGCUGUUUAUAGAGAGGGCUUGAAAGAUUUGGCAGAAGAGCAAAAUAAUAUUUAUUGUUUUUUAAAAUGAGAGCCCUUUUUAUCGAUCAAGUAUCUGGAUAAAUCAGACAAACUUAACAUUCACAUUACACAAACAGUGCAAACAGUUAAAAUGGGUUGUUCAAGUACGCACGGGAACUGUGAUGCAGAGAAAAUCGCUACAAACACACACACACACACAAACACACACCAGGCACUUCAGCAACACACUGCCUUUCAUUUGAAUGCAAAGUCCCUUAAAGUUACGGUGAAGGCGGAAAGAGUAGGCAAAACACUGUCCAGACAAUUGUGACACUUCCACACUUGUCUUCAUGGUUUAUUUUCUUUUUAUCUCUUUGUGCUCAGACUUCAUGCUGGAAUGAGCAUUCUCUACACUGUGUGCACGUGUGCAUAUCUGCACGCACGUGCCUGACUCACUUUCAUGCUCUCAUUGUUUGACGAAACAACUCCUUUUUCCAACUUCCUCUUUAAUUUAUGGUACCUCCGUCCCUCAGAUUUAAUUCCAACCUACACUGAGCUUCUUCGGCGGGUGUGUGAUCACUUCUUUCAUUAUGACAUUUAUUAAAACAGUGGGCAGAGGUUAUCCCAGGAUUUCUUGUUUUUUUUUUUCUUCCUUCUUCUUCUUCUUCUUUCUAACUUGCCUUGCUGCUGUGAGUAGUCCAUGCCGAGGCAUGUUUAAAGUGCUGUCCCCUCAAAUGGUGUCCCCUGGACCUGGCCACUCUCUCUACAGUCACAUAUUGAGCAUAAGGAAUCGAGCUGGGUCUAGUGGACGGAGCGUAUCUUUAAAGCCAUUGCCCCUCUCUCAGGCUUUUUGCUGUAUUAUAGAGCAGAGGCUCUGCUGCUGCUGAGGUUAGCGCUUAGUUGGACUGGAGCAUAAUGUGGGGCUUCUCAUUGUCACUGUUGGCAUCAUACACUGUCGGAAGUGCAUUCCUCAAACAUGCGAGUGGGCUAUUUCUGCCCGCCCGAGACUGUUGGUUUUUACCAAGUGAUUAGGACAGAGCCUUGCUGAACGUGGCUCGCUGCCUCUGGUCUCUCACUCACACUGACGCAGGUGCACACAAGACUGAGACAGCCACUGCUUCACACACACACACACACACACGCAUAGAGACAACAUGCCUCUUUGGUUAGUUAAAGCAAGCACCCGAUGUUUGUCAGUGUUGUCCCCUCACCCCCCAGGCCCACACUGAUAGCAUAGGGCUCCACGCUCCAACGGGCAGCUGGUGAAAAAAAACACCAGAGACAUUCAUUUGUAUGGAUUAUUUCAACUGCUAUUGUCUAAAGGCUGUGUUCAUUGUGAUCUAUCUGGAAA